AUGCCAGGAACGUUCCAGUCUGAUGGCGUUCAUCCAGACAUCUUCCGCACUCCAGCCAAAUCCCCCUGCUCUGCAUCGAGUUCUGGCUAUCUUCCCAGCCGAGCAGGCAUCGAGGAGGAAACAUCCACUAAGCGCAAGCGACACCACGGCGAUGGCUACUCCGGGCGCGUCCGUACCCAGAGCCAGAGCCUGGCCCAGACCGCCAGCGCAAGAUUCAACAACCCAUUUCUUACGGCCACCCAUCCAGAGCCGAGAACAUACACCUUGGCAGGCCAUAUACACACCCCAACAACUGAAUACAAUGACGGGAAUACCCCCAUGGCCGACAGCGUGUACUCGGAUUCCGACUAUCGAAAAAUGCUAGGAACGAAGAGACCCCGAGAUGAUCUGGAUGCGAAUAACGUGCCUGUCUUUCCGACUCAACCGAUCCAGCAGCAGCAGUAUCUAGACCAGCAACAGCAGCUCGCACAGUCCCAGGGCUGGGGCGCAUUCGCCUUCUCGACUCUUGGCGAUGUGGUUGGUCGUUUAUGGCAAUUCUGCAAGGCAGGCAGUUUCAAAGGUUUCCAUGCUGGCGGCGGUCGCGGCUAUGAGAUGAAUGGGCAAGCGGAUGAGAUUGUGCCUGUGACUCCUAACGAGCCUAACAACUUCCAGCACCAGGCCGAGCACCUUUUUGAUGCCAGAUUCUCUCGAGCUACCGCAAGAGAGUACGCAGACAACAAUAGCGACGCAGACAGCAGGUCCUCCUCGCCCGCCGCUCCGGCUGCCAAACGGCGUCAGACCGGCCCCGCCGACGAGCUGAACAGAAACUGGGUCAUGAUUGGCAAAUCUGGCACACCGUCAUCAACACCCCGAGCCUCCAUUCAUACCCAGCAGAGACAGACUCCUCGGAAUCGAAAUCAUGGCCCUUCAGCUGCUACAGGGCGCCGAAUCAGCACGCCGACCAACCGUCGUUCCACCAUCGGCUUGGGGCCGCUGAACACAGCCGUGCCCACACUCGCGGAAUCUCGGCCUGCAUCAACGGCUUCUUAUGCCUCCCCGCGAUCCCCGUCCCCAACGAAAAUUCCCAAUCCUGCCCCUUCAGCUUCCUUCUCUGUCCCCAGAAAUCAUUCCUCCCGUCGCCCUCGUUCACAAACAGGCGUCGUCGUCACAACACCUUCGCACCGACGGACGAACUCGGCUGCAUCAAUAGCAUCACCUCGAGGCACGUCCUUUAAUCAAGGCGCCAACGGCAGUCCCCGCCUCACGGCCGAGGCAAGACAGCUUGCCGCCAGGCGCAAAUUGGAAGACGACGAGACUGAUUUCCGAAUGGAGGCCUUCAACAAACAGCUCCAGGACAUGAUCCGGCAAGGUAAGGAGGCUCUCGAGACGACAGUAGAGGUAGAAGGGGACGGAGACUGUGGCGGUGGAGGGUGGGAAGACUAUCCGUGA